AGCGCGGGUCAUUGGCGGGGCGGGCGGGGCCCGGCGGGAGCGACCCGAGGAGGCGACAAGAUGGCGGCGGAGACCGUGGAGCUCCACAAGCUGAAGCUUGCUGAACUGAAACAAGAAUGUCUUGCCCGUGGCCUGGAGGUGAAAGGAAACAAACAGGAUCUCAUAAACAGACUCCAGGCCUACCUUGAUGAACACGCUGAAGAAGAAGCAAAUGAAGAAGAUGUUUUGGGAGAAGAAACAGAGGAAGAAGAACAGAAACCGGCAGAGCCUCCUGCUAAAGAGGAAGAACCUCCUGAAAAAUCAGCUGAUGUGACUGCAGAAAAGAAAGUGGUGAAAAUAACAUCAGAAAUACCACAGAUGGAGAGAAUGCAGAAACGGGCUGAGAGAUUCAAUGUCCCUGUGAGCUUGGAGAGUAAGAAGGCGGCACGAGCAGCUCGGUUUGGUAUGUCCACAGCUUCCACUAAAGGUCUGUCUGCAGACAGCAAGCCUACGGUAAACAUGGAUAAAUUAAAGGAAAGGGCUCAAAGAUUUGGUUUGAAUGUCUCUUCAGCCUCCAAGAAGAGCGAAGAUGAUGAGAAGCUGAAGAAGAGGAAGGAGCGGUUUGGCAUUGUAACAAGUUCGGCUGGGGCUGGAGCCACAGAGGACACAGAGGCAAAGAAGAGGAAAAGAGCAGAACGCUUUGGGAUUGUCUGAUAUCUGUCCAUGUUAGGCUUUACCUGUUGUGGGGGAGCACGCUCAUGUGUGUGCGCUCGCUCUCUCGCUCUCUCUCUCCUCCCCUUCCCCCACCACACACACAGUAGCACUAGUAAGGAGUGUAGGCUCUCUUCCCCAUGCAGGACCUAACAGAUAAUUCCUGAUAGCUGUACAGUUGUGCUGCUUAUUUUUUCAACUGUGAAGUUUAAAAAAAUAUAUAUAUAUACAGCGCAAAGAGCAAAAAUGUUCUUAGUGUAUCUGUGAUGGGUAGAAAUCCCAGUGCCCAGUUCUCCAUUCCCCUGCCACUUGUGCAGUUAUUUACAGCAGUGCAAAGCAGGUGUGUAAUGCCACCACAUCAAAAUUGGAAGUUUUUUACUCCCAUCGUGCACUGGUGUAAAUGCCCACACAAGGUUCAGGGAUGAACCUAGGUAGUGGGGAAGGAGAACUGCAGGGAUGAAGGUGGAGAAGGAUUUGAUCUCCCUGCUAUGUCUUGGGGAAUUGCACCCUUGGGUUGAGAAGCAGGUUAUGCCACUUAAAGCAGGAACUACCUGGAGCCUCCCUUUUAUUUUAACGUUGCUGUUUUUUAUUUUCUCCGUUUCUCUGGGCUGCCCUGGGCAAAGAAACCCUCCUCUCCCUCCUUCAACCUGAGGAAAUCACUCUUUAAGUUCAGCAGAAUCAGGGCAUGCACACCAAUAGCCUGGCUAAAAACACUCUUCAGCUCAAGUGCACCAUGCAUUCCUACUUAGAUUCUGCUGUGGAUCAUCAACAUCUACUUGAGUUGCCCCUCUUAGCUUGUGACAUCGUGUUUGCUGCCUAGCUGGCCAGGGAAGGGCCUUUCUAAUAUAUUGCAUGAUAUUGCCUGAAAACAUAGUAGUAAUUCUUGUAUGAGAUAGGCUUUAAACUUCACAAACCACCCUGUAUGUUAAAGGGUCUUUCUCAGUUACCUCUGCUCCCAGGAGUGGCCUAGUGGGGAAUGGGUUGGAGCAGCAGCUCGUGAUUGGCAGAAGAUCAAGGCCAAAGCCUUGGAAUAAGGAGAGGGGAAUACUAGGACAUUUACAGAUUAAACCGCUCAGGCUGCUGCACUUCACCUGCCUCUAGGAGCUGUUCUGGGGCUUGUGGCAUUUAGUAUAAAUGUUCAGGUCUCCUGGAAUUUUUUUGAAAGGCAAGAGAAAUAUCUCACUAACCUUCCUUUGCUCAGUUUUUAUUCCCAGGUUGAAUUUUGUGUUGUCCUCAUCUAACAUCCAGACUAGCUCAGUCAGGCUUGUUAACACCUCACACACUCUUAUACCAGCCUUCCCAGCCUCACCUCUUGCAAAGGGGGACAGCAGCAACCUUGUCCUGGGAGUACGUGGUUUGAAAAAGUGUUGCAGUGAAUCUGUUCUGCAUCUGAACUGAAUUUCCCGCCUGUCACGUUAACUUCUCCAUUUUCCCUGCAAUGUUGCUUUCACAGCUUAACAUCACGCUUGGUACAGGAGUGAAACACGGCAUGGCUGCAACUUGUUAUGCACCUUUUGUCUGGUUAGCCUAUCAAAUCGUACCUUCUGUUUUUAGGGAGCCGUAGGAAUGCGUUCUCCAUGUUAAGUUGUGUAGAUGGAGCAAGAGUGUUCGCUAAUACCAGAGAGCUGUUGUCCCAUGCUUUGCUCUAGGCCUCUGAAGCAAAUAGCUAUGUUAUUAGCAGUGAUUCAGCAGAGAGGGAAGACGUAUGGUGCCUUUCUUCGUCUGCUUAAUAGGUUUUUACACACAGGUAUUCCUUGUGCAUCUAACAUCUUAUGUAACUUUUUUACCCUUAAACUUAGAUCAAGGUCCCCAGAAAAAUAGAACAGCUGGGCAGAUUUCCCCUUGAUUGAUCUUUGCUUUUAAAUGUCCAUUUUGAUUGGAAUGUGCCUGUGCUUCAGAGCUUUGCAUCCAGGGAUUGUUGCUUCUGGCCGUACCCUCUAUUGGAAAGAUGUUUGCCUGGUCGCACGCAGUUCCUUCAGAUGCUAGAGAGCAGCAGCUCUGUGUGUACAGACUCUUGAAAAGCGGUAUAUUUUUCUUUAAACGUAGAGGUCUUCAAAUUGCUUGUGCUCUGCACCACUGAUGCACCAGGCUGAUGUCUCCGCUGUAUGCCCCAGGUGAUUCUAAGCAAUAUCUGAGGUUGGUUUGCUUGCCCAGGAGCUAUAGGAUCCAGGUUGCAUUGUGUGUGUCUUGGGGUGUCUAUGGUAGAAUGAACCGAAGCCCCCUGUCUCUAUCCAGACUUAGUGGAAUAACCUUAUUCUGGUGGUGGUUUUUUUCUGUAUGUAGGAUUUUGUAAUAUGUAUUUUCUAUUCUGCUCAUGACUUUUUGCUGGUUAUUUGCUUGAAAUGUUUUGAAGUGUGCCAGGACAAACACUGCAUUUCACUCUUGGUUUCAUAAUAAAACUGCUUCUUCAAGGCAA